CACUUGCGGUGGUCUGCGUGCUUCUCAGCUUUGCUGUUCAACGUGCCCGAGCGGAGCCAAAACGUGACAGGUGCCUCCAGCGAAGAUGAUGAUCCGACGAGAACUGAGAGCGCCGAUGAUGAAUUGGACUACCUGCAACUGUUCCGAAACGCCAUGGCCGGUGGUUUCGCCAACAUGCCGGUGUCUCUGAGGAGGAAGCUACUGAGUGCGGAUGUGACUCCGGAGUGCAACGCGGGCCUCCUGCGUACCAUGCGGGCUUUCCAGAAUCUCGAUCCGUGGGCGCUGAGGCUAUUGGACGCUUCCGGGAAGUUCCCUACAGGCCUACUUCAGGGUUCUCGCGUGGACCUCGGGGCCUUCGACGAGUGCCUUGAGACAGAGGUUUACGACAGAUACGGGUACGUGCUUACGCGUGGCCAGUACUGCAACCUUCUCGUGUACAUUGAGAACUCCACGGCAGUGGAAGGAAAGAUCCAGACAUUCUCCACCGUUCUCCAUCCAAAGCUCCAAUACUUUAAGAAUUACUUCUCCGUCGAAGAGCUUCCCGUUGUCCGCAUGGCGAUCUGCUCUGUAGACGAAUGUAACCAACGAGAUUUGCAAGCUUUAGUCGACGCAGUCAAGCCUCCGCUGGUACGCCUGGAAGUAGCAAAUUGUGUGACAGCGCAAGUGGAACCGUGGACUAAUGCGGAAAUUGGAAUUAUGAUGUUUUUGUGCCUCCUUCUAGUCAUCAUUAUUGCCGCUACACUGACGGACCGUUUAAUGAAGCUCAAGCCAAAACUCAUGGAAAAGCACGGUGCACUUGGUGAACUUGCGAGAGGUUUCUCUGCCACGUCAAACACACGCAUGUUGCUCAGAGUCGCCGACAAGUCAAACGCUGACCAUUACGCCCUGCAGUUCCUGCACGGCAUGCGAUUCUUCUGCAUUGUCCACAUAGUCCUGUGCCACUGUGGUCAAACGAUGUCAGACAAUUGGUCACGUUUCCUGAAUUUGCUCAUCGCAUCUGACGAAUGGUCAUUCAUGAUGAUAAGCGCUGGGUUCAGCAGCGUUGGAACAUUCUUCUUUCUCAGUGGAUUUUUCCUGUGCCUCACUGUCAGCAGGCAGAAGAGAGGAGGGCCUGUCGUUUUCAUCAUUGGCGUGAUAAGACGAUUUAUCAGAACUGCCAUUCCCCUGUUCUUCGUCAUCAUGUGCUUAUGCCUAAUGCCACGCUUCGUCUUCGGACCGGACACGAAGGCUUUCUUCCUCAAGCUAUACGAAGACGUCGCCAGUCACUGGUGGCAUCUGCUUCUGAUGAUCAGAAAUUUUGUUGAGAUCACAGCGUGGGAUGUGCUUCCUCACACGUGGUAUCUGUCCACGGAUUUCCAGCUCUUUGCCAUCUCUCUUGUGGUACUACUAGCUUUUAAAAGUCGGAAAAUGGUGGCCGUGGGAGCAUUCAUUCUGUUGUCACUUCUGGGCUGCGCCAUCGGAACUUGGGCAGUGGCCAGUUCUGACUUGCUGCCUUUCAUGGUCUUUCCAGGGCCCGUGCUACAAGUGAUGUCCAGAACUGUGAACGAAUACUACCUCCGGCCAUACUAUCACGCCGUGUGCUACUUCAGCGGGUGCUUGACGUACCUUGUUAUAGAAGACUUCAGGCAGCGAAAAAUUAGCAAGGCUGUUCAGGUGACAGGCUGGUGUGUUUCUGUGAGCUGCGCCUUACUCUGCAUAUUCAUGAAGCUUGCCUGGUACCGAAGCCCCAAUCCUGGGUCAGAAGCAGUAAAGCUGCUUGCAGCAUUUUUUGAUCGGAUACUCUGGGCGGUGUCCCUCAUUUGGAUAACAUUGGCCUGCUCUUCUGGACGAGGCGGGUUUGUCAGCAAAUUCCUGUCGUGGAAUGCAUUUGUACCGCUGAGCAAGCUUUCAUUUGGAGUGUACCUGAUCCACGUACCUUUCAUCGAACUUUACCUACAUGCUUCCAGGGAGCGCAUAUUCUGGUCAAAAUUUAAUAUGGUCACGCUAUUAUUCGCGAUUCUUGUGUGGAGCUACCUGCUGGCCUACCUGGCUUUCCUCGCAUGUGAAGCUCCAACAGGUGCUCUGGACAAAUUCAUUUUCACCCGACUUAUCGGAGGAGGCGGAAAUGCGAGGAAGCGGCAUCAAACGCAACAAAAUACCAGCGAUAUGAAACCUCAGAUAAAUGGAGAAGAUGGUGUGUCUUCCCGAUGCUAACUCGGCAGCCUACCGAAUGUUCAGUGUGGCGUCCUUCUUCUGUGUGGCGUCUAUUGUGGACCUUCAGAACGCUCAGUGCAAGCAUCACCUGCCGAACACGGUGCAACGGCGGUUGUGACAUUGUGCAUAAGUGAAUGCAAUGAAUAUUUGCGGUUACGUCUUUUGUAUAGAUGAAAGCUGGCCGACUACAACUUAACAGGCUUAAGAGGCCUCGAGUGCAACACCAAUUUUCCUGUUCAUCUCUACGCUGGACGCACAAAUUAUCUCAUUCAACAACCGCUCGCCGAAUGUUUUCUUUUUCCUUUUCUAAUUUAUAAAAUACCGCGGACCUUGAACAGGUCCAAGCGGGGUGUGUACAAAAGCAUUUG